AUGGAUGAAGGUAUAGAAAUUUCCAGCGAUGGAAAUUCCUUGAUCAAAGCAGUCCACCAGAGCCGGCUUCGCCUCACAAGACUUUUGCUGGAAGGUGGUGCCUACAUUAAUGAAAGCAAUGACCGUGGGGAGACACCUUUAAUGAUCGCUUGUAAGACCAAACACGUUGAUCAUCAGAGUGUCAGUAAAGCCAAAAUGGUGAAAUACCUGCUAGAGAACAAUGCCGAUCCCAACAUACAGGACAAGUCUGGGAAGACUGCCCUGAUGCAUGCCUGCUUAGAGAAAGCCGGGCCAGAAGUUGUUUCUUUGCUCCUGCAGAGCGGGGCUGACCUCAGCUUGCAGGACCAUUCCAGUUACUCAGCUCUCGUUUAUGCUAUAAAUUCAGAAGAUAGAGAGACUCUGAAAGUUCUGCUGAGUGCUUGCAAAGCACAGGGGAAAGAGGUCAUCAUCAUCACAACAGCGAAAUCACCCUCUGGGAGGCACACUACCAGGCAGUUCUUGAAUAUGCCGCCGGUGGACAUAGGUGGGAGUCACUCCCCAGCCUCCUGUGCCACUCCUUCUGAAAUAGACAUCAAAACAGCCUCAUUGCUACGUUCACAUUCUUCUGACGCAGAAUUGACACUUUCUGGCUUUAAAGAUCGUGAGCCUUCUGGAAGCAGUGAUGAUGCCCAGGACCCAAAGUCCCCUGGAAAAAAGCCUCCUGUGGCCCUUAAUGGGCCCAAGCUGGCCCAGGCUCCACCCUGGCUCAAGAGUCCCCCAUUACUAAUGCACCAGAACAGAGUGGCCUCUUUGCAAGAGGAGCUCCAGGAUAUUACGCCAGAGGAAGAAUUAUCCUAUAAAACCAAUGGGCUGGCGCUUUCCAAGAGAUUCAUCACCAGGCACCAGAGCAUUGAUGUAAAAGACACAGCACAUUUGUUAAGAGCCUUGGAUCAAGCUAGCUCAAGGAAGAUGUCUUAUGAUGAAAUUAAUUACCAGUCUUUUUUUCCAGAAGGAAAUCAGCAAUGCAUUGAAAUCCCUGUUGACCGGGACCCAGAUUCUAACCAGACAGUAUUUACUUCCAGCUUAGGGAGUAUAGUUCAAAAAAGAAACUCAGGGGCGAAUCACUACAGCUCGGAUUCCCAGCUCGCUGCAGGUGUUACCCCUCCAACUUCAGAAGAUGGCAAAGCACUUACAGGAAAGAAAAAGAUCCUUUCACCAUCCCCACCACAGUUGUCAGGGGGCAAAGAAUUGUCGGAGAACAUGCCUUCAGGUGUCCUGAGCAGGAGAAAUCACGCAGUUCUAGAAAGGCAUGGUUCAGGAGCUUUCCCUUUAGAUCACAGUAUUACCCAGACCAGACCGGGAUUCCUACCACCCUUAAAUGUAAAUCCUCACCCUCCCAGCUCAGAUGUCAACGUCAACAAGAUUUGCAGUCUUUUUUCUUGUGGUCAAAAGGUGUUUGUUCCAACAGUUCCUGUUUUCCCUAAAGACUUCAAGAGUAAAAAAAUGUUGUUAAGGAGACAGUCCUUGCAAACAGAACAAAUUAAGCAAUUAGUAAAUUUUUGA